CGCAAGCGCCGGAAGGCUAUCUGACGCUGAUUAUGAAGUACAAAUAUCCAACAUUGAAUCGGGAAUAAUGCAGAUUGCCAGAGUUUGUAAAAAUGAAGUCCUUACCAAGCAAACUUUUUCUGACGCUUGUAAACGCCCACUUGACGAAACCCUGUGUAUUCAGUAUCAAAAUCUGUUGUUAGAGCAGAUUAAUAAGGAAAACCGACUAGAGAAGACCAACAGAGACGAAAAAGAAAACUUUUAGAAGAUACACAAAACAUGAUUAAGUGCUACUCAUCAGAAGACACAUUUGUGGAAACAGACGUAAUACCCAUUGCCCUGGAUGACCUAGAGGCAAAAGGCAUCACAGUAAUCACUGGAACUGCAGGAUCAGGUAAAUCCCGAAACAGUUUAGAAAUAUUACGUAGGUUUUCUGCUGGUCAUGAAAUGUACUGUGGGAUUCAAUUAGAUAACAUUUCUGAAUGGAAUGACAUAAUCAAUCACGAUGAUAGUUUAAUUGUUGUUCUUGAUGAUGUUUUUGGGAAAUCUAAUUGCAUUUUUAAUGCAGAAGAUGAAAACAUUUUUGACAAAAUUUAUUCGACGAUUGUCCAAGGAUGUGUAAAAGUUAUCUUCACUCUAAGAAAUACUAUUAAAUCUAAUACUCAAGUUUCAGAUAUAAUCAACAGACAAAGGGUAUUUCAAAAGUCUAGAUUUAUUAAUUUAGAUUCGGCUGACAUUGAAAUGGAUGAAGAACAAAGGAGAGAAUGUCUGCUAAAAUACUGUAAAAGCAAUAAAAUACGCAUCGCGUCAACUGAGUAUUUAUUAAAAGAUAAACAUAGUUCAGAUCAAUCAGUGCCAAUCUCUUUAAGCUUGAUGGAAACAUAUGAAAUAGCAAAAACAGACGUAAACCCGCUGAAGGGUUAUCCUCAAUCCUGCUAUCUUUUUACGUCAAAUAGGGAAUUUACACAACAAGGCGUAGGAUUUUUCAAGCACCCUACACAAUCUCUUUGCAAUGAGAUAGAAAGCCUCCGAACGGCUGGAAAUAGUAACGAAGAAGAAGCAUUGCAGUACACUAUUUUGGUUUAUAUGGCCUUAAACGAAGAUUUGCUGGAUCUUCAAGACAUAAAAUUACAAACAUUUAACAAAAUACACGAAUUGAUAUAUCGUAAAAAGGAGUUUACUACCCAAAAUAUUCGCCGACCAUUAGGACAGCUGACCAUGAGAUAUCUAAGGAUAAAUCCUAAUGGUACAUACUCAUUCCAACACCGGAGCAUAUUUGAGGGGGUUUUAUUGUCAUAUAAGGAUAUUGAAGCCAAAAAUUUGAUACCUUUAUUACACAUCGAUUUUAUCUUAGAAAUUGGUCGCCUUGACGAAAAUAUGACACAACCUGGAUUGGAAAAUGAAAUAACACUGGUAUUCAGAACAGAGGACUUUAAAUUGUUGGCACACAAGAUUAUUGCUGAGUUACAAAAUAACGAUUCCCCGCAAACAUUUAUGGAAAGGUUCUGCUCAUCUAGAAUUUUACGAAACGCUGACCGGUAUUUUCUUGAUGAAAUCCUUAAGGAAUAUAUGUUAUCCAAAUGUGAAAUGUUCUGCAGAUUACGCAAUUUAGAUUCAGAGAUUGGAUAUAGAAGAUUCAACGAACAAAUUCUAGGAGUAUAUUUUAAAACAUCUAAACGAACAUCGGUAACAUUUCUAACUUGUUUGCUUAAGUAUUCCAUAAAAUAUGCAGAUAAUAACGAUACAAUUCGUCAUAUUCUUAAAUUGAUCGAACAAGACUUGAACAUUUAUAAAACUAGCUACAUAAACAUAACUCACGAACAAUGCUUUACAGAAGCUAUUUUACAAUCAUGUGUAUACUUAGAUAGCAUUAAACUAAAGAUGAUAUUGAAGUUUGCAAAGAAGAACAAGAUCAGAUUAGAUGAACAACUUAUCGGGUACUAUGAUUUCGAUUUAAAAUGCGGAUUUAACAUCGAUAGAAAAAUUGCAGCAAUAAAGCUGCUGUCGCAUACUUUUUUGACUGACAAUUUGAUUGACAGUAACCAUAUAUUAGAAAAGGUGAUUAAUGCAAACGAUACAUCUUUAGUAGAACUCUUUUUUAAAGAAUACAGACAAUAUGAUCCUAUAAUUGACGUUCCUUUUAUUUUCUACUAUGCUUGUGCAAAAGGAGCAUCUUCCAUAGUUCAAUGGUUUUUCAGUAACUUCCCUCAAAAAGAAUUCAAUGUUUCAAAAGCAUUGCUAGCGGCAUGUAUAUGCGGGCGCGUUGAAUCUCCCGUAGCAUCUUCUUCUUUCCAAGAUGAACAUUUAAAGGACUCUGGAAAAGUAGUUUUGUUUCUUUUGAAUAACUUUAGGACUAAAAUAAAUAAUUUAGACACUGCAAUGUACUAUGCACUGUCUCGUUCUGAGUUUAACACAUGUAGAAUUUUAAUGGAUAACACAGAUAACUAUUUUGGUGCGAAGGAAGUAUUAUUAGGAAUAGCAAGAUAUACUACAUAUGCUUAUCAGAGGACAGAUGCGUGUUUUGAUUUCGUAAAGUAUCUUGUAACCGAUUAUUCAUGUCCAACUGUAGAAAUUGUAUUAAACAUUGCUGAAAAGUUCGAUGAAAAUUUAAACAUGGUUGAAUGGAUUAUGAGAAAAACACAAACAGAAAUAUUUCACACAGCAUGGAAAAAACACAAAUGGAUACACAAAAAAUUAUGCGCAUUGAAAUUGAUAUAUGAUACAGAAUUUUACAAGACAUUAACAGUGACCAAUUUAAUAGAAGAGGAGUUACAAUAUGGAAAUAAUGAUUGUUUAAGAUUUUUGAUAGAAAAGAUAGAUAUAGAGAAAGCUGUAAACGUCAUUUUUGAAAAGGUGUGUUCAUGCGGUGAUGAAAAUUUAAUGCAGAUGAUAUUUGAAAAAUAUAGAAGUUUAAACAUUGUAGAUGCAAUGAACAUCGCACUUAAAAACAGAAACUGGGAAGCCGUUCAAUGGUUAUGUAAAAACUACGAUAUUGAAAAGUUGAAUUUUAGGGCCAUCAUGGAAGAAGCAAUCACUUAUGGUCCCAUAUCAGUAAUAAGAUAUCUUACCGAAAUAAUAGAUCGAAAGUAUUUUAAUUCGAGGGAUAUUUUACUGGCUUUGGAACGAGAAGAAUUAUUUAUGGACGAAAAUGAUUGCGAACUUUUAAUUAAAUGGUACCUUCAAGAUUCUCAAAAUAGAUAUAGAAUAAAUGAUAUGUUGAAAUUGUCCUGUAUGAAAAAACAAAUAUAUACUCAAGUGUUAUUCAAUGUGUUAUUUCAAAAUAGAAAAAACGAAUUCCUACAUUUACACACAGCAUUGGAAACAUUGCUUGUGUCACAAGACUUCGAUUCGCUUAAGAAAUUAUUAUGUACAUAUGACACUAACAUUUUUGAUAUGAAUAUGCUAAUGAAUUGCAUUUUGGGUAUAUUUAGAAACAGAACUAAUGCUGAUAGCAUACCAGUGUGGUUGUUACAGACUUUUGAUCCAAUAUUGUUUGAUAUACCAUAUAUUUUGGAAAAGACAUGUAGCAAUGACAAUGUAGAAUUUGUUAAAUGGAUGGAUCGUCAGUACGAAUUUUCCAAUCUCACUUUGGAGUCAGUAUUCAUAAAUGCAUACAAGUAUAGUGCUAUUUCCGUACUUAAAUGGGUAUUUGGAAAGAUAAAUUUUCCAAUUAGCUUUAAGAAAGUUAUCAAAAAUGUUUCAGAUCUAAGAAUGUCAGUUGUUAUAUUCUUAAUUCAGAAUUUUGAAUUAGAUCGAUCUGACAUUGAUCAGAUAUGCAGAAUAUAUUCGAGCGAAGAGGUUGAUCAGUUAGAAGUUCAAUUAUGUAUUUUUGAAGCGUAUGGGAGUAGAUUGGUCGACAUCAAGUCAGUGUUUGAUAGUGUCUGUCGAUUAAGCUCUAUAGAAGAGGUGAAGUGGUUCAUUAGAAUAGUUGACAACAAUCUUCUUAAUUUCUUUUCGGCCAUAUAAGAAGCACUCCGCGGAAAUAAUGAUGAAACGUUCCUGUUUUUAUUUGAGUUUUUAAAACUAAUUGACAUCAAGGAGGCCAAUGAGAUCUUUAUUAAAGCUUGUUGCCAUGGUAAUUUGGAAGCUGUAAAAAUCCUUGAUGAUAAGUAUGGAGAAUCACUCAGAAUAUCAGUAGCAAUGAAAGAGCUUUGUGAAAACGAAGGUAUAACAUAUAAACAUUUUGAAGUUUUAAAAUUUCUUAUUUCGUUUUCUUCGCCUAGUAUCAUCGACUUUCAAUUACUUUUGAAUCAGGCUUGUAAAUCUGGCGACAUCAAAAAUAUUACUUGGUUGUUAGACAAUUUUGAUCCCGAUUUAUUACAAGUAAGCUCAGCAAUACACCAGCAUUGUGACAACUAUUUAUCAACAGAACAAAGUUGUGGGGAAAUAAUACUGUUGCUCUUAAACCGAUGUCACUUUACUUCAUCGGAUAUACAAGUUGUUAUGGAAACUGUAUGCAGUAAAGGAAUGGUAACUUUAAUGAAAUUGUUAGUUCUAACAUUUGGUGUAGCCUCUUUUGAUUUCCGGAGAAUUUUAAGUGUUGCGGUCAGUCCAACAAACACAGAAAUAUUUGUUUUGGCAUUUUUUCAGUGUAGGAAUUCGCAAACUGAUCUGCAGAAUAUCAUCAUUAGUGCUUGUAAGAAAGAAGGAAAUGAGACAUUAAUGAUUUACAUCUUUUUCACAGUAAUGGUUGGACUAGACCAACACUUGGCUGUUGAUACAAUACAUACUAUCUUAGAUACUCGAUGGUGUAUACAUUCCACAAAUUGUCGAAGUAUGUCAUGCAUGCAUUCAACAUAUAUUACUAAUGAAGUAAUCAAGUAUUUGUUCAUGAAGGUUGACAUCAAUACUGUAGAUUUUACAUCAAUAUUAAAAAAGAGCUAUACAAACGGACGAAAUGGUCUAGUCUUAUGGAUUCUGAAAAACAUACACCAUUACUUAAUUGACAUACAAGAAACUUUGCAUAAUAUAUGUAGAAAGGGAGACAUUGAUAGCAUGAAAUAUUUGCUUCAUACGUGUAAAUACCGAAAUCUUGUAAACGAGUCGUGUAUACAUAAUGCAUUUAGCAGUGGGUCAUUCGAAAUGGUAAAUAUGUUAAUAACAGACUUCCCUCAUAUAACUUUUGACACAAAAGUCGCUAUGAACAAUGCUUCUUCAAGUGGAGUCUUUGCAGUUGUGCAAUGGCUGUUUUAUAAAUAUUCUCUUUGUCCUAAUCGUUUUUCGUUCUUGGAACCAUUCUUGGAUUUAAAAUUAGCACGGUCGGUUUUCGAUUUAAAUUCUUCUAUGCUGAAUGCCUGUAGAAAUGGUCACACAGAUGUGGCACAAUGGCUGCUUCAACUGUAUUCUUAUGAAACGUUUGACAUGAGAUUAAGUCUCAUUGAAGCCAGUGCGAGUGGACAGACUGAUUUAGUAAAAUGGAUGUUAGCAGUAUAUGAUAACGACAUUUUCGAUAUUGAAUCUUCUUUAAUAUCUGCGUGUAAAAAUGGAAAAAUUAAAGUCGUUCAACUCUUCAUUGACAAAUUUGGGAUAGAUGCUUUUCAUAUGGAAACUAUAACAACAGAGGCAUGCAAAAGCGGAAAUAAAAAAACUUGUGAAAUGGCUUCAUGAACCCGUUAGUUGCGAAUUAUUUGAAAUAUAACUUUGGAUAAUGACGGCAUGCAUAAUUAACAAAAUUAAGAAUAACGGGAUACUAAUCAUAGUUAUUUUGAUAUGUAAAUAGCUCUGAUUAAUGCAUUUGAGUAGAGGAAAUAAAAAUGUGCGAGUCAAUCCUAAUGGCUAUCCAUUCGAAAACAAAUUGAUGAAAAACACAUUCGAGUUGAUGUAAAAAAAACUAUGUUAUACAACAAAACAGAUGACAAUGAGGAUGAAAUAUUUUACUCACAUAUAGCAGAUCCUAAGUGGAGUAAAAAGAUAAUAAACAUGAUGGCAAAUGUUGUUCUUACUGACUAUCCUUAUUUGUCAUUCUUCUUUUCUAGAUCAUCUAAUAUAUGGAUUUUACAGUACGCCUGUUUUCUUGUUGUAAAAUUCACAGCAUCUCAACAUUUUAAAGGUGCCGUAAACCAAUGUUGACUACCUGUGAUACUUUUAGAGACAUUAAAUAUAA